GUUUGGCGUUCGGAUGAUGACAUGCACCUGCGUCCCGGGACUGUCGAUUUUGGGUGCCGUUUCACUGAUCUGUGUUCCUCUCUGAAGGUUGAAAUCGACUCCUUCUCGGGCUACCGUAUCUACCCCUCCAAGGGCAAGCUUUUUGUCCGCGGCGACAGCAAAGUCUUCCGCUUCGCCUCCUCGAAGAAUGCGUCGCUCUUCCUGCAGCGCAAGAACCCACGUAAGAUCGCUUGGACGCAGGUCUACCGCCGGAUGCACAAGAAGGGCAUCACCGAAGAAGUUGCCAAGAAGCGCUCGCGACGCACCGUGAAGCACCAGCGUGGCAUCGUUGGCGCUGACCUCGCAGCCAUCGCAGCCAAGCGCAACCAGACCGCCGCCGUGCGGUCACAACAGCGCCUUGCCGCUAUCACCAAGGCUAAGUCAGAGAAGAAGGAGAAGGAAGGCACGAAGACCAAGAAGCCCGCCGCCAGCAAGGCUGCCCACGCCGCACCCAAGGUGUCGAAGCAGCAGAUGAAGGGCGGCAAGGGCGGCCGAUGAGCGUAUCGCGAGCUUACGGGUGGGCUUGUCUUUGUAUCUCACAUGCUGUCGGUAUGACUACGCCAUGCUAUGUCACGUAUGCAUCCUCCUCAAAAUCUCAUUCAUGAGAGUCGCACACAAUAGAGGGAGUUUCGUGUAUCAUAGAAUAUCGCUACUGAUUACCAGGCGCACUCCCUCGAGGAGCGACUACUUUGUCUCUUGCCUUCGCGCCAAUCACUAGGAGCUCCCGGAGUUGCCUCGUAUAGAUCUCCCUAUUUCCAACAUUGUUUCC